AUGGAUACACCAAACGAUAUUUUUCAGUCUCGACAAUACAAAUACAAUCGUAUAUUGCUUUCAUGGCUGGGGCAAUGGCCUUUUCAAAAGAACAGAGACAGGUGGACUAUCCUCGUUGCUGUGUUAUUUAUUGCCAUAACGCAGUUCAUCCCUCAGGCACUCGCUUUAGUGACGUUACAUGGCGAUCUAGAUGCAACACUUGAAUGUAUAGCACCACUGUUAGUAAACUGCCUUUGCAUCGUUAAGCUAACAAAUUUGAUUUUCUAUACGAAGAAGAUCAAGAUACUUCUUAUGCACAUACAAAGAGAUUGGCAAUCGUGGAUCAUCGACAGCGAAUUCGACAUUUUGUACAAAUUCGCCGAGAGUGGAAGAAACAUCACAAUUGGUUAUGCCAGUGGUAUGUAUGCGUUUGGCAGCCUCUUUCCGAUAAUGGCGAUAAUUCCGAAGAUAAUUGGCAGAAAUGUAACUUCCAACUAUUCGACGCGACCAGUGGGAUUUCCAUAUCAUGUCGAAUAUUUUAUAGACCUCGACAAAUAUUACUAUCCCGUGCUGAUUCAUAAUUAUUUAGCCACUGCAAUUCGUCUCACUAUCAUAGUCGCAUCCGAUACCUGCGUGAUUAUCUUGGUUCAACAUUGUUGCGCAUUGUUUUCAAUCAUUAGAUAUCGGAUGGAACAUAUACGAAAGUCUGUUGAACAAGACAAAAAGCUCGCUUUUCUUGAGGAAGAUGAUAGGAUUUAUAAGAAUUUUGUGUAUUGCAUCCGAAAACAUGAGGAUGCCAUACAAUUCGCAAACUGCUUGGAGAUUAUUUACAAAAAGGCGCUUUUCGUGGAAGUCGGUUUAAUCAUAUCGAUGAUGAGUUUAUCAGCUCUACAGGCGACCAAUGAUACCCUCACGCCGCAGAUUGCAAUCCGACAUGGUGGAUAUAUAAUCGCUCAAUUAAUACAUUUAUUUACUAUAUGUUGGUUAGGGCAACAAAUAAUCGAUCAUAGCGAUCGUGUAUACACAUCAAUUUAUCGAGGCGAAUGGUAUGAAACAUCAUCCAAAUCUAGAAAACUCUUAAACAUGAUAAUGUUGAGGAGCAUCUCACCUUGUACGUUGACCGUUGGAAAAAUUAUGGUUCUUUCUCUUCCUAGUUUCAGCGCGGUUGUACGUACAUCUGCUUCGUAUUUUACAGUCUUACAAUCUGUACGAUAAGUGUAAAACUUUCAGAAUUUCUUUUCUGAAAAGUGUAAAAUUGUCGAUGUAAAAAGAUGUUGUAUAAUAUUCCGUUGUUUAAGUAAUGAUAAAAUCUGCUACUUACAUUUACGAUAAAAGAAUUGAAGAAUAUCAGUAUACUCAUGCGUGUACUUUAUUAUUUUGAUAAAAUGCCGCUAUGGUUUCUAAGAUAAUAAUCAUGAUUCAAUUAAAUACAUGGUAGUCACAAUAGUAAUGCGCCGUUAAACACUUGACAAUAUGCCGAGAAUAUUAAAGUUAUUAUUACAAAACAUAAUAAGUACAGACUAUAAGAUCAUCACUAUAUAAAAUCAAUCAUAAAAGAGCAUUAUAGAUAUGCCUACGAUUAGUGCCCGAUCGUUCAAGUCUUUCAUCUAGUAGAAUAGUCAAUCUGGUAAACGUUGUCAAUUCCUCGUGAUUAUAUUUAUUCCAUCCGCUAUAUCCAUUAUUUUCCAUCUGAGAGAAUUUUUUAUUAAACUGAAAAUCUAAAGCAACUGAGACAAUAUCGGCGAUACAGUAGUCUCAAUCGAGUGCUGAAGAUGGAUUCACCGAGCGAUAUCUUUCAGUCUCGACUGUAUAGACUCAAUCGCGUGCUGCUUUCAUUACUGGGACAGUGGCCUUUUCAACAAAAUAUAUACAGGCGAGUUGCCUUUGUUACAGUGUCGUUUCUUGGUAUAACUCAAGCCAUCACGCAGGUAUAAUCGUCCUAUAUAUUGCAAUUCUAAUUUAUAAUCACCUGUAAUUCAUUUGUA